GAGGGAAGAGGAGGCGGAGCCGGCGCGGGAGCAGCUGUCUCCGCCCGCCUUGCCGCGGCAGGGGGCGGCAGCAAAGCUGCAGCUGAGAGAAGGCGCGCUCCCGAUGGAGUCGUGCGGGACGUGAGAGACGUGUAGCAGCUUCUGCUCAUACUUUUCCCUUGAAGUAUUUCAAGCGCCGCCCUUCUUCCUUCCAAUCACGGCAUCACCUCAACUUGAAAUAUGCAUCUCUCUGCAGCGCCGCGCCCCUGGGCUCGCUGAGGUGGUGCGUUAGCCCUCGCGUACUUGGGAUGGUGGGGGUCGGGGUGGCCUUUGCAGUCAGGCCACUAAUCUAUCAGAUAUGUCCCAUGGAUGCAAAACUGCGAGGAAUGGAAAGUAAGGGCAUGCACGUGCACACAUCCCAAAAAUUGCUGAGGAAAAGACUUAGGGCUGUGUCAGAUAAAUGUCAUGAAUUUUAGGGUUUGCAUAAUCAUGGUUGCUGAUUCUUUACUCUUGGAAAGAAAAAAAAGGUUUAUUUACAAUAUUUUUUCAUGGUGAUUGUAAAGCGCCUGCCUCGUUGCAUUUCUGUCCAGCCUCCAUGGGCUUUGCUCCCCCUCCUCAUGCCAAGCACCCCAAGGCCUCUCAGCAACCACCCUGGAGCCGCCCGAGGUCCAGGUCUUGGGGCUGGGUGUGGGGGUGCAAUGUUCAGCACAAAUCAAGGUUUCAGAGGAUUCGAAGGAGAAGGGAAAGGUCAUGGAUAGGUGAUGACACUGUUACUAUGAAGCAGCUGGGAAGGGGUAGGGGUCCUCACAAAGCUCGAUCGCUGCAAGGAGCAAUCGGAGAGCUCUUCCUCCAGGCUGUCCUAACAUCCUCCCCUUGGGCUUCCUUCUAGGGGAGCAGAGACCCCCUGGUCACUUCAAACACCGCCCCUCCCCUCCUUUUUCCCUAUACCCUAAAUCUUCAACUUGACUGUGCCUGACUCUGAGCGCACGUUAAGAAUGCAGAAUUUUGGGCCUCACCCCCGAGAGGCCGAACCAGUAGGAUGCAUUUUGACGAGCACCCCAUUGCAGUGUGGUGGUCCUCGGACCACACUGAGCAGCGAAGUUUCUCUUCUCCCAGCCCAGUUAGGUGAGGGAGCCGACUUGUUCUUCUAGGAAGCUGUGCCAGUUGUUCUUUGGGCAUGACAGGAGUUUCAAGUUACAGAGACCUUCAGCCUGGGCUGGACGUGGUCUACCUGUGGGCAUAUCAGAGGUGGGGGCGCGGGGCUGGUCACGCCUGGGUCUGGGAUGCAGGAGCAGGGAGAGCUGCUUUUGUGACCUGUAGAGGGCACCAGAGGGCCGCCUCAUGGCUUCCCCCUCCCCCGACGUGAAAAGGGGCUGGAACCCAAGCAUGUGUCCCCGCCCCGAGGCUGACGUGUGUGUCGCUGUCGGCUUCAACUCUUAGAAAUACCCGUGCUGCGCGGGCCAGCCUCGCAGGAGCUGAGUGGAGGGAGAGGGAGCUGAACCGAGGGAGGCGUGAUCAUCUUGCUGCGGGCGCACGUCUGGCCGGACCCGGCGACAUCGCGAUUGUCACGCCGCCAGAGCAUCCCCGCUGCACGUGCCGCCCCUAGAUGCCCGCCCCUCUCGCAGCAGUUGGCGUUGUUGCGGAGCCUCACACACUUAGCCAGCGUUAAUUACUUAACACAAAGCACUUUUCCAAAACGCAGCGUUCAGGGAGAGUGCCCGGGGGUCGUGCGCCCACGCAGGCAUUCUCUUCUCUCCUUUGUUUUCUGAGGUCGCCAGGCCACUUUCUUCCCCAAAUUUGAAUACUCCGUGAGGGUUGGAGGGCUGCCUGAAACUAGGCUGUGAAGAUGCCCUUGGAGCUGACUCAGAGCCGGGUACAGAAGAUAUGGAUUCCUAUCGACCACCGCCCCUCGUUGCCCAGAUCCUGCGGGCCGAAGCUGACCAACUCCCCCACGGUGAUUGUCAUGGUGGGCCUCCCAGCCCGGGGGAAGACCUACGUCUCCAAGAAGUUGACCCGCUACCUCAACUGGAUCGGUGUCCCAACGAAAGUGUUCAACGUGGGAGAGUAUCGCCGGGAGGCUGUGAAGCAGUACAGCUCCUACAACUUCUUUCGCCCUGACAACGAAGAGGCCAUGAAAGUCCGAAAGCAGUGUGCCUUAGCUGCCUUGAGAGAUGUCAAAACAUACCUGAUGGAGGAAGGAGGCCAAAUCGCGGUUUUUGAUGCUACCAAUACGACUAGAGAGAGGAGACACAUGAUCCUUCAUUUUGCCAAAGAAAAUGACUUCAAGGUGUUUUUCAUUGAGUCUGUGUGUGAUGACCCUACAGUGGUGGCCUCCAACAUCAUGGAAGUGAAAAUCUCCAGCCCGGAUUACAAACAUCGCAACUCAGCAGAAGCCAUGGAAGACUUCAUGAAGAGGAUUAAUUGCUACGAAGCCAACUACCAGCCCCUUGACCCGGAUAAAUGGGACAGGGACUUGUCAUUCAUCAAGGUGAUCGACGUGGGCCGGCGGUUCUUGGUGAACCGAGUCCAGGACCACAUCCAGAGCCGGAUCGUGUACUAUCUGAUGAACAUCCACGUGCAGCCCCGCACCAUCUACCUGUGCCGGCAUGGGGAGAGCGAGUACAACGUCCAGGGGAAGAUCGGGGGGGACUCUGGCCUGUCCAGCAGGGGCAAGAAGUUUGCCAGUGCCCUGAGCAAAUUUGUUGAGGAACAGAACCUGAAGGACCUCAGGGUGUGGACCAGCCAACUGAAACGGACCAUCCAGACAGCAGAGGCCCUCAAACUGCCUUACGAGCAGUGGAAGGCGCUCAACGAAAUUGAUGCAGGUGGCCCUUUGGACAUAUCCUCUCGAGUGACUUCUGGAUGUUUCCGCCAGGGUGUGUGUGAGGAGAUGACUUAUGAGGAGAUCAAGGAGACCUAUCCUGAGGAGUACAUCCUGCGGCAACAGGACAAGUACUAUUACCGCUAUCCCACUGGCGAGUCUUACCAGGACCUGGUCCAGCGCCUGGAGCCAGUGAUCAUGGAGCUGGAGAGGCAGGAGAACGUGCUCGUGAUUUGCCACCAGGCCGUCCUGCGGUGCCUGCUGGCCUACUUUCUAGAUAAGAGCGCAGAGGAGAUGCCCUACCUGAAAUGCCCUCUUCACACGGUCCUGAAACUGACACCCAUCGCUUAUGGUUGCCGUGUGGAAUCCAUCUAUCUGAACGUGGAGUCAGUGAACACACACCGGGAAAGGUCAGAGGAUGCAAAGAAGGGACCUAACCCGCUCAUGAGACGCAAUAGUGUCACCCCACUAGCCAGCCCCGAGCCCACCAAAAAGCCUCGCAUCAACAGCUUUGAGGAGCAUGCGGCUUCUCCUUCUGCUGCCCUGCCCAACUGCCUGCCCCAGGAGGUGCCCACGCAGCUGCCGGGACAACCUUUGCUAGGGAAAGCCUGUUUACGAACUGUCUGUCACAUAUUUUCAAAGUUCUCUCCUUACUAACCCUGGGACAGAACCUGAAAGGCUCCCAGAGCAGUCUCCACUCCUCCAGGAAACACUGAAGCAGAUGAACCCGGUUCCAUCCCGUCCCCAUCUCCGAAGCUUAGCUUGUGCUCCUCCAUCCAUCCACCCGAGGCCAGUGAGCCCAAGGACUUCUUCCGUAGCAGGGUGGGGUGAUGUAGAAGGGGGGUCCGCCAGUCACAGAGAACCUGUGUCCCCCACGGGGCUGCAGCCACGUUGUCCCCUGCUCACUCCUGGCUUCCAGGGAGGAGGAGGAGGUCAGAUGAGGAGGCCCCAGGAGGGAUCACUGGGCACUUGCGUUCCUUUUUGUUUUGUUUUGUUGCAUCAUCUUGAUUCUGCCAUGUUCACAGCUGGGGGAGAGGAUGUUGGCAGCCAAAUCCAGAAGUUAAAGGAGGACUCGGUCCCGGUUGCUGUCGUUGAAGGGAUGUUAAAAUCACUUUGGCUCGGGCGAUGCCUCACAGAGAAUGGACUUGGGUGCGUGGUGGUUUGGGGCUGUGGGAGCCAGACUGGCACGUGGAGAAGGGAAUGUUUUUCCGGAGGAAUCCCUGAGCUGAGCUGGCUUGUUGGCCAAGCUGUGACAUGGUGACUCCCGCGGGUCCACACACUGCUCCAGAGCAGUGUUCCACCACUGAGGAAGAUGUCAGAGGACACUGGGGACUUUUGCUGAAAUAGGAUGGGCAGGGCCUCCCUCUUACAGGGAGCUUCUGGUCCACUCUGCAUCUCCUUCCCGUUUGUGGAGGCCUCUGAGGGAAUCGCCUUCCGGGGGCUGCUUGCGUUUGCACUUUUUUUUAAUAGAAGUGUGACGAGAAAUUGCACCUUCUCUUUAGGAGUUUUGGUGACUGGUCUCUACCCUUGGGGGCUUUGAGCCUCUGAGAAUGUGGGGAGUGGGACGUGCCCAUGAGAUGGGGACGCUCCAAGGGCCCCCAGCCAGUUGACCAGGCAGCAAGUCUUUAAACGGUCGCAAGACUGUCUCCGGGAGGCAGCACAGAGAGCAAGGGUCUGGCUGGCUUCCUUCAGGGCUUGUGUUCCCCCCGUGUUUCCUAGGUGGAGGCAGUGGCCAAAGCAAGACCUCGUUAGAUGCCACUUCCUCCAAGAGGCUCCCAGGAUUUCCCGUCAGGACUCGGCUCAGUUCCUCAAGUUUUUGUUGAGCACCUUCUGUAUGCCUAGCCCUGUGCCAGGUACCCUGGAGAAUUCCGAAGAAUGAAAUGUAGUCCCCGCCUUGCCUUCGUGGCGAUAUUUUACGAGGGGGCGCAUUGGAAGCAGAAUGAAGGGACUUGUGGUCCUAAAUAAGUCUAGUUUCCGCCUCUUGGCAAACUUGUUGUCUCCAAGUUUGGGGAGUAAGUGGGGAAACCUGAGACCCAGAAGAAACAGCCUGGAAACUCCAGUAAAGUUUGUCCACAUGGCCCUUUAACGGUGUCUAAAGGCUGGUGCCAAAGGUCACUUUCCUUCCUGCCUUAGAUUUGAGCCCUUGCACCCCUUCCUCUCUCAGCUCAGCUCAGCCUGAGGCUGGGAGAGAAGGCAGAGCUUCAAGGAUCCAGCGGGAAGUGGGGGUACGCUUCAGAUGCCCCAAACCGUCCGAGUGCUCCCUGCCCCCCACCCCCUCAAUUGACCGUCUUCCCAGGAGGCUGUCUCUCUGUACACUCCUGUACAAGUUGAGACUGGGGUGAUGUUUCCCCUUCCCCACCAUCGUGAGUCUUACCAGGCACGGUUUGCGUGGGUGUGAGUGUGUGCGUGUCAGCCAGUCAUGUUUCUGGAUACAGUUUUUUGCUCUUGAGAAUGGUUUUCUUAUGUUCCCCGUUCAGAGAAGAACAGCCUUGUUCUGCUUCUAGUGAUCAGAGUAGACUCUUGGAAUAUUUGUAGACUCUGAAGUCUUAUGCAGGUGGGGGCGCUUCAAAGUUGUGUUUCCUCCUCGCCUUUGGCUCCUGGAAGUAAAGCAUCAAGAAGUGAGGACAGGACUUCAACCUGGGGAGGGCCUAGCCCAGGUGGGGGGCUUCGAACGUGGAAGUGGACUGGAGGGCAGAGUCUUCGGGAAGGAGGAAGUUGCUUCGUUUGAAGGCCAGCUGACCUCCAAGGGGGCAUUUGCUUGUGCUGGGGCAAUGCAUUCUCACACCCCCCUCCAAAAACCCCCCGGGACCAACAUUUUAAAUUUUGUAUAUUUGUUUUUCAGUGACAUUCCCCCCACCCGCAUUCCUUAUUUCUGCCCUGGGAAUAUAACCACAGGCAAAACUCUUCAUUUUGGGGGAGAGGGAAAAAAAACAGACUUUGAACCACACCAAUGAUGUUUUCAUUUGUAAUACUUGAAAUUUAUUUUUUUAUUAUUUUGAUAGCAGAUGUGCUAUUUAUUUAUUUAAUAUGUAUAAGGGAAGCCUGGAAAUAGGAAGCUGUAUAUAGAUUGGGUUUAGUUAUUAAUUGAUUGGGGGGACCUUUUAUGUGUGGUUUGUGACUUCUCCAUGUUCUGUAUAUUUGUCUGAAUUAAUUACCUGGGACGAAGCUAUGCUAGCUUUCAAACAGGGAAUGCCUUUGAGAAAUUUGUAUAUUUUGCAGUUGCCAGAUCAAUAAAAUACCUGGUUGAAAUACUCCA